AUGGCCGCCGCCGCAGUGUACCGAUGCAUGGACAAGACGUGUCCAUGCACCGAGGACUACGCCUACACGAACGCGGCCGCACACCACGAGGCUUGGCAUCAGAUGCAUGGCCGGACCACAGUCGACGGCCAGGUGGUCAACCUCAUUCGCGACCCGGACACGUAUAUGGUUCGCUGCCCUUACUGCCCGUACGAAUCACAAAGCUUCCGACCCCUCAGGGGUUUGCCCCCUACCCAUGAGCCGUCGCCUGUCAGCUGUUUGGGCACAGCGGUCACAAGACUGAUGGGAGGGUUGGCUCGCCGGUUCUCUCUAGGGUCAGGCCCCUCCUCUAGCCGACCCGCGUCGUUACCAUCAUCAUCCUCACUGGCAGGGCAUGUUGUCGACAACGAUGGCCCCACCAAGUGGAAACGAGGCUCGUCAACCGCGACAUCGUCCAAUGUUGCCGAAGAGAGCCAGUCGGGGGACACCCGCCACCGUCUGUGUUCCCAACCAAAGACCCAACACAUCAUGCGCUCCUCCGACGACGAGGGGGCCUCCACACCUGCUCCGGCGUCCAUCUCUUCCCUCGCUCGCGACAACAACAACAACGACCCUGAUGGCGACCUGUACUAUGACGGCGGCGACGGCGGCGACGGGGAUUCCUCUGAUGCUCAUGCGGGUGAAGCGAGCGUUGGGAACAACAAUGUCAAGGACAGCUACGUUCAUGACACCAAGGGUGCGACUGACUCUCAGUCUCAUCACGACAGCAGCUACGUCCUGACCCCUCCGUCUCCUGAUGUAGAGGUUGAUGGGGAGGUUCCCCCCGACGAAGACGUUGACGUUGGGGAAGAUAUCUGGGAGGGCUCAGACGCUGAGCCCGAGCGUGUAGUCCGGUCAUCGGACAUCUCUCCCCUCCUCCCUCCCCUCGAACAAGUGUUCGAGAUCAAGCGUUUGAAGGCCACCGUGCACCGGGGCGACCAUCAUUGGCAGCCGCAGGACCAGGAAUCCCAGCGUGUUAUGAGCAAGGCUCGUUGCGUCGUCGACACCCAGUAUAGAAUAAUUAUAUGCACCAAAUGUCAAUACGCGCUCGACCCCGAGUGCCCCGCCAUCAUGAAGAAGGUCAGGCCUCGCAACCGCAAGAUUCAUUACGGUCUCGCCCUCUUCCUGUCCAUCAUCUUCUGCGCGCGCUAUCACCAUGGUUUUGAGACGGAGGCUUCGUACACCCGGUUGCAUAAAUGUAAAGCCACGCCCGUCCGUUCUGCCCCUAAUGCACCGCGAACCUACCGAGCAAAAGCUCAGACCUUUUUCAACAACAAGAAAGAACGCCGGUUCUUUCCCGUUGAAUACGAACCGGUCAAUCCCGUCACGAACAGUGCCAAGGCUAAGCAAGCUUGGAGUCUCGUCAAGCCUCUGCUCAUUGAACCGGCCUUUGAGCAAAUUCCCAUCCAGUUGCCGGAUAAUCUACGUCAGCUCUCUGUCUUCAAACGGCGUGAAGGUUGGUGUCGAUACGUGCGCGGCAUGUCGGGUGAGAAGAUUCAAGCCAUCCUGGACGAAUCUCGUGAUCCUCCGGCUAUCAACAUUCUGGCCCUCUAUCUCGAGCGAUAUGUCGACGCCGCCCUGUAUGCCUUGGAGGACGAGUCGUAUAUCAUACAGUUGAAGCUUGCCAACAUCGGACUACGACCCGAUUUCAAGGGUUGUGUCCGUCGCAUAAUGACUUGGCCCGAAUAUGUCCACGAGUUCAUGCCGAUUCUUCAGUUUGUCCUCCGUGCUGCUCGCGGCGAUUUCCCCGACGACUUCUCCUUGCCGCUCACGGAGGUCCAGGGGGCCUUCGCCCGGGACUUGAUGACGCACCUCGAGAACGCACACGACACGGAUGCCCAGCCUGUCGAUCUCGAACAGCUCGAAACCAACCACGAGGAGAAGGCUUUCAUGAACUGUUUCGGCGAGGAUCGUCAUAUCAUGAAGUCACUCCACGGCCUCCUCUGGUCCCUCGUCUCACACAAGAAGGUCGGGUGCGACCCCAGCAAGUUCUACACCCCGUUGUACAACUAUCUUGUCCUCAGCUCCUACGAUGCGCAGGGCCACCUCAAGUUUGCAACAUCAAUCUCGCAUGUCAUUGCUCCGCUUCUCUUUCUCUGUCGCGUGGCCAUCUUCGUGCAGGGUGUUCUAUAUUCUCAAGAGCAGGAGGUUCCUUAUCUCGAGUGA